AUGGACUGCCUCGGAGCUAAUAUGGAUGUAGAGGCGGCGGCCGACACAUUUGUACACGGGACGGUCCAGGAGAGGAAUGAUGAGGGGAAAACAACACAAAGGUGGGAUGGAGACAGCGAGGAUGGAGGGGGAGCAAGAGCAGCCCUGCAGAACGGAGAGGCUCCAGCGCUGGAGGGAGCGCCAGGGAACAAUCGUGUUUGUGUGCGCAAGGAAAGCAGCGCGCUACGGGCUGAGAGGAAGGGCCUUGAGCUCACCCCAGGACCCGAAUACAUUACACCCUGCCGCACCGAAUAA